AUCUGGCUCACGCACUGCCAGGUCAGCCACUAGUGUUGUGGUAACUAACAGAAGGCACAGCUGAAUGAAGCUUGUCCUCCUAGUGAAAGUCACCUUGCUUUCGGUGAGUGGUACAGAAAACUGAAAGGCCAGGCCUAUUUUUGUCCCCGGGAGAGGUGAGAGGUGAGAUUUGCUUGAAAACACUGGAACCAGAUGGCUGAAAAAGUUCAAGUAUUUCACUAUAGGGAGCUGAAUGCUGCUUUUGUGUGUGCCAGCAGCCCUCAGUGGAAUUCCCCAGAUCUCUGGAUUUGCACUAGGAUCAAGAUAAAGCCUGUUAGCUUCUGCUGCUGUCGGUGUUUGUUUUUCUGACCUUGUAGAUGUAAUUUUUUUAGGCUUCACAAGAGCCCAGAAGAAGAGCCACACAUCCUGCUGGAGUAUGACAGCAGCGUGCUGGAUGCCAUACAAAAACAUCUGAAAUUGUACAAGAUCCGGAGGAAAGUAAACAUCACCCCUUGCCUUGACCUUGCUUUGUGGGCUGUCAUCCCUGGGGAGCAGGCUGAAGACAUUGCCAGUUCCCUCGCUAAAUGUGUAGACCAGGCUCUGAUUUUAACUCCUGACCCCAGAACAGAAGUCAUGGGCUGGCGACUGAUUACAAAGAAAGGAGCAGAUCCAUCAGAGAUUAUCCCAGGGAGUCAUAUUGGAAAUAUUCAGGAUUACCACAGGCACAGGUAUAAACAAGGAAUUCCCGAAGGUGUGAAAGAUCUCCCUCCUGGAGUAGCCCUCCCGCUGGAAUCCAACCUGGCCUACAUGAAUGGUAUCAGCUUCACCAAAGGCUGUUACAUUGGACAGGAGCUGACGGCCAGGACCCACCACAUGGGCGUCAUUCGCAAACGUCUGCUGCCAGUCCACUUCUCAGCUCCUUUUCCCAAGGACAGCAUUCCCGAGGGUGCCGAGAUCUUAACUGAAUCGGGAAAAUCAGCCGGCAAGUUCCGGGCUGGUGGAGGUGAACUUGGUAUAGCUUUGCUGAGGUUAGCUAAUAUAAAUGAACCGCUCUGCCUAAAUGUAGCGGGUGAUAAAGUGAAGCUCACUGCGAGUAUACCUGAGUGGUGGCCAAAACCUGCCAGUAAAUAAAUAAGGAACCACCACUUGCACAUUUGCCUUACUGAGAAUAUAUUUUGUGUGAUAUGUCGGGGAAGGUGACUCUGCCUUCGGCUGUUGUUUGUGGUGUUCGAUAUGGUGGGGAUAUUACAGGUUUCUUCAAAUCAGGACUAAGCAGGAGCCCAAACCAGCGGCAGGUCACUGAGGAUAAUCUCUUAAGUGUUGUGGAGAGACCUGUGCAGGGUAGGCAGGGAAGCACACCUGUUUUUUGAGAGUGCCCUGUAUUUAUUGAGGGAGUGCCAUGUGGCUUUUGCUGAAUUUUCAGUCCACCGCUCGCUGAAAGAGAUGUGCUCUGAGGUGUGUGUUCAGACUGAAGCAAACAAUGGGAGCAGGAGUCUCACCAUUGCAUGCACUGAUGUUUCUGUUCAGAAUAACCAUUCUGUGGUAUUGUGUUUUUUUUUUAAUGGAGGGCAUGCCGCUCUUACCUUGCAUAGUGUUCACUGCAAAUAGCUCCUUGCAUUGAGCUGCUUCUUAAACUUGCUGAUUGGGUGGUUUUUUUUCCCACCACUCUAACUGCUAACUGUGUUCAGGAAAAGGAAUACCUUGUGCUCCACAUUCCAGACCUUGAUUUUACUAAGUCAUCCCUGGUGGGAAAGCUCCCAGACAUCCCGGUCCCCCGCUUCAGCACCGGCAGAGGGAGCACAGCCAGCAGCUGCCAGCUCCUCCGCUGCUCCUGACCUCGGUCGUUCACGCUUCCUUCGCUCCAACUGUUUCAGAGAGGAGAGGGGUAUUUUACCGAAACAAGGUGCACUGGUGCGUGCCCUGGUGUGACUAUUGUGCUGGUGCCUGGCAGCAUAAUCUCUGGCUAGAAGCACAUGCCCUCCGGUUGCCAACAACAGUGGAGUGGUGGAUAUUUUUUGGCAUCAACAUCUUUGCUUUGUCAUCUUGUAGAAAAAUCUGCCCCAAUUUCCUGAAGCCUUCCGAAGCAGGGGUUACUUCAAACUUCAAUCCCUCCACCAAAAUGACAGCAUGUCCCCAUCGCUGACCUUUGCUACAACCCCCAGUGGGAAGCUGCACUCCCUGGAGAAGGGGUUAAUGCCACACGUGCUUUUGGCUGAGCCUGCCUCAGGGAGUGUUUUCACCACAGUCGUUUCUCAGUGACACUUGUGAGAGAGAUGAGAGCUCUCUGUACCCCUCGUACCUCCUACCGUCUCUAGUUGAGAUUUUCUCCAUCCACCAUCCCCUGGGGGUUUUCAGAGCAGGCCAGUACUUCAGGGUUUCUUUGCUACUUUUUUCUGGCUCCUGCUGCUCUUCUGUCUUCGCUUUUUCUUGCUUCUACAGUUCCUCUUUGCCCUCCCAAAGUCAACCAGCUCUAUGCCUCCUAACCCUGUCAACCCGCAGUAAUUUACAGGAGCCCUGUGUAUUUUUGUAGCAUGGUAAAUCGGUUGCACGCCCGCUCUCGGAAUGGCACGUGUGUGGAAGGGCACACAACAAGAGAGGUGAGCAGGUGAGAUCCCAUGCAGACCAAAGAAAAACCUCUUGCAUGCAUAUUUGUGACAAAAACCGUCCAAAGCACAUUCUGCCACUGUGUUGCUGUUACUGUGAAAGGAAUUUAUCUGUGAAAAAUUCUGAUGUUAGUUAAAAUUCUUUAUGCUUGCUGUAAAAUGAGUUUGUGGAAUAUCUCAUUAAAAGUUUAUUGUAUCGGUAAUUUAAAUGGCACUUGUCUGAAAGAGAAGAGAUGCUACUUUUUAUUUACUUUGUGUGAAGAUUACUUUUUUGGAUUGCUUGCUGACAAGAAGUCAUGGCACUGUUUAUCACCCCUUUGUUGGGUUUGAGAUUGUUAACGAAGUCUUUCUGCUGGAAAAAUAAAUGAAACUGCAGUACUUCACCUUUUCUGGAUCCUCCGAACGUGACAAAGGCAAGACUGUGCUGCCCGUGUUGAUGCUGCUUUGCCAGUAGCAGCUUUUCCUCUCUGCCACCCAUUGUGCAAAGUCUCCUCAGUGUAGUUAUACUGUACUGGCAUGCACGCAGCCUGAAUAAACACUACGUUUUUUCUGU